AUGGGCAUUGCAUUGUUAGGUGGAUUGGCCGGGGGCGUGGUAUUCCCGCCGAAGCCGCUGUACAUGGCGCGGGCGCUCCCGGACCCGAUGAUCCUGCGGAACCCGGCGCUGUGCUUGACGGCCAUGGGAGCCUUCUUCAUGGAAUGGGGCCUCUUCGUGCCUCUGUCCUACCUGACCUUGUACGCGCUUGGCCAUGGGCAAUCGUAG